AAGCUUCAUGAUCUUUUCCGCUCGUGCAACAUCCACUCACUAAUCCCAUUAAUCUAUUGAUCCAUUGAUUGGUGACUGUUUGUUUUGCGCACCGGGACCAUGAGCCGGAUUUUCUUGAGAGUUCUAUCCGAAGGUUAGAGAAGAAAAGGAGAAUAAAAACAACAAGAAGAAGAUUGUUGUUUGUCUUCUGAGCUGAAUCAAUACCUCUGUUGAUCCCAGUGAUCCCAGUAAGCGGUGACUGGUCUGUGUUGGGGAGGAAGGAGGAAGGAAAAGCGGAGGAGGUUGUAAAACUAGACGCGGGAGCGCAUCGGAGACGGCCGGGGGACCAUGAUCAGGAUCUUCCCGGAUUUCAGCGUCCAGGUGACGGCUUCGGGAGCCGGAGGACCCGGUGGCGGAGGAGGCGGCGGAGGCGGUGGGAUGGUGACGGGACCCCAGGUGGGUCGGGUGCCUGUGCCGAUCCCCGGAGCCACGAACGGGACCCCGCAGAGCGUGCAGGGGAUCACCGCCUACCAGCAAAGUGACCCCUACUGGGAGCGGCCGGCUAAUGCAGGCAGCUGCUCCGCCGCCCGGCCCAAGACCCUUCACCUGGCCGGCCAGCAGCAUACCUCCUCACCAUGGCUGCAGGCUCUGAGGAAGGAGAAGUCACGGGACGCGGCGCGAUCGCGGCGGGGAAAGGAGAACUUUGAGUUUUACGAACUGGCCAAGAUGCUGCCGCUGCCGGGUGCCAUCACCAGCCAGCUGGACAAGGCCUCCAUCAUCCGGCUCACCAUCAGCUACCUGAAGAUGAGGGACUUCGCCAACCAGGGAGACCCGCCGUGGAACCUGCGCAUGGAAGGACCACCGCCAAACACCUCUGUCAAAGCUAUCGGCACCCAGCGAAGGAGGAGUCCCAGCGCCAUCGCUUCGGAGAUCUUCGAACCUCACCUGGGCAGCCACAUUUUACAGUCUCUGGACGGGUUUGUAUUUGCACUAAACAAGGAGGGACGCUUCCUCUACAUCUCUGAGACCGUCUCCAUCUACCUGGGACUGUCGCAGGUGGAGCUGACCGGCAGCAGCGUCUUCGACUACAUCCACCCCGGCGAUCACGUGGAGAUGGCAGAGCAGCUCGGCAUGAAGCUCCCUCCAGGCCGAGGGAUGUCGCUGUCCCAGGGAGCCGUCAACGAAGAUGGGGCGUCCUCGGCUUCUUCGUCGUCGCACUCUGAGACGCCCGAACCAGUGGAGUCCAGCAGUCCCAGUCUUCUGGCUCCUGAUAACACUCUGGAACGAUCCUUCUUCAUUAGGAUGAAGUCAACGCUCACGAAGAGAGGAGUGCACAUCAAGUCCUCAGGAUAUAAGGUGAUCCAUGUCACGGGGCGUCUGCGCAUCAGGAUGGCUUUGACGCACAGCCGCUCGGUGCCCAAUCAGAUCAUGGGGAUGGUGGUGGUGGCUCACGCCCUCCCACCGCCGACCAUCAACGAAGUUCGCAUCGACUGUCAAAUGUUCGUCACCCGAGUCAACAUGGACCUCAAGAUCGUCUACUGUGAGAACAGGAUCAGCGACUACAUGGACCUGACGCCAGUGGACAUUGUGGGGAAGAGGUGUUACCAGUUCAUUCAUGCUGAAGACGUGGAGGGAAUCAGACAGUGUCACCUGGACUUGAUGAAUAAGGGUCAGUGUGUGACGAAGUAUUACCGGUGGAUCCAGAAGAACGGCGGUUACAUCUGGAUCCAGUCCAGCGCUACCAUCUCCAUCAACGCCAAGAACGCCAACGAGAAGAACGUCAUCUGGGUCAACUAUGUCCUCAGUAAUCCAGAGUAUAAAGACACGCCCAUGGACAUUGCCCAGCUGCCCAACCUGCCUGAGAAAACCUCUGAGUCAUCUGAAACCUCAGACUCUGACUCUGAGUCCAAAGAAAACUCUGACAAUGAGAACGCCAAGUCCGAGGGGAAGCCAGGCCACCAAUCAGAACGUGAGGACCCAGAGACAGACAGCAAGCGUCAGCAGCAACCCGGCCAACCACAUUGCUCCUCUGAACAGGAAAUGAAGCGUCAGGAGGAAGGAGACAGCUCGAGUAACCCCGAGAGCCAGGACAGUGAUGACAGUCUGGAACCUUCAGAUGGAGAAGGGGAGGAACAGGAGGAGGCAAGGGGAGGAGGUGGAGGAGGAGGGGGCGGAGGGGGAGGUGGAGGAGGAAGGUUGGGGAGGUUAGCAGGACUGGGAGGGUUGGGAGGACUGGGCGCCAUCGGAGGACUGGGUAAUCUGGGUGGGCUUCAUAUCAAAGUAGAGCACUAUGGAGAGGGGGAAGAAGUACAGCUGCACAACUCGCAAACUUCUUCAUCAGAGGAGGAGGAAGAAGAGGAGGAUGACGAUGACGAAGAGGAAGAGGAUGGUGGCGUGCAGGAUUGUGAGGGCGCCAAUGCUGGAAACAAGCUCCAGAAGAGGCGGAAGAGAAGGAAAGUGCAGAAAUGGGACGGAUCCCGAAGCAGGAGGCUCCGUCUCUCCUCAACCACGCCCAGCCCUGUCGCCAUGGGAGAUACCACACCGCUGGUUGACCCCACCCAGGCCACGCCUGCCAACUCCUCCCACCUCCUCACCUCUGCUGACUCCCCAAACAGUGCAAAUGCAACAUCCUCGGUCCUAAAAAUCAAGACGGAGAUGGCAGAGCCGAUCAACUUCGACAACGACAGCAGCAUCUGGAACUUCCCACCCAACAGAGAGAUUUCCAGAAACGAGUCCCCGUACAGCAUGACCUCCAAGCCCGCCGCUCCGGGGAACCACGAGACCUUCCCCUCACCCCAGGGAGGCUCUCUCCAGGUAGCCAUUCCUGACUCGGUCCUCACCCCUCCUGGAACUGAGGGAGGAGCAGGAGGAGUGAGGAAGCCUCCUUACAAUGGUAGCUCUGCGCCAUCCUCUGCUUCCAGCGCUGCCAGUUUAGCACCUCCCUCCAGCGCCUCCUCUGCAGACCCCCUGUCCCCUCCUCUCUCUGCCUCCCCGCGGGACAAGCAACAAGGCACUCCCACCACCUCCUCUUCUACUUCCUCAUCCUCGUCCUCAUCCUCAUCAACCUCUUCCUCCUCGCUGCUGUACUCUGGUGACCUCGAGGCACUACAGCGUCUGCAGGCUGGUAACGUGGUGCUCCCUUUGGUCCACAGGGUCACAGGGACUCUGGCCUCUACCAGCACGACAGCUCCACGGGUCUACACCACCGGCACCAUCAGGUACGCACCGGCAGACGUCACCCUGGCCAUGGCCCAAGGCAAUCUCCUCCCCAACGCUGCCAUGAACUUUGUCGACGGCUCGGGGUUUGGUCUGGACCCCAAGACGCCCAUGGAGAUGCUGUACCACCACGUCCACAGGCUCAACAUGUCAGCAGCGGCAGCCGCCGGCCCGUUUGUCGGAUCUCCGGCAGCCACGGGUGGGAACAACGCCCUGGGAGGCCAGAUGACGACCGCAGCCAAUGUUUUCACCACAGCGGAGGGACUUUUCUCGACGCUACCGUUCCCGGUGUACAGCAACGGGAUCCACACCACGCAGACGACUCUGGAGAGGAAGGAGGAUUAACGCAAAACGUUCGAGACCGCAUUACUGUGUUUCUGGAAUCAACAACUGUGUCAAAGUUAAAGACUACUCACUAGUAAAAAAAAAAAAAGAAAGACUAUUUACUUGCUAUCUUUUAUCAACACAGCACUGUGUUUCCGAGAGGGGAGAAAGGACAGGAAAGGAUGACAAAUGUACUCUAGCACUUUGAAUCUGAGCAACUGAGCUUGUGUAAUAGACAUGAAUGACCCUCAAACAUGUCCCCUUUUUCUAUCUUUUUUCUCUCUCCUCCUCAUCCUCUUCUCCUCCUCUCUCAGCCUCUCUCUUUGCUCCUGUUUCUUGCGAUCAGCAACGUUUUUCUCAUGAACAGAUGAACAAAAAAAAAAACUGACUAUUCUUUAUUGUAAAGAAUUCCUUUUUUGCCUACAGAGAAUUCAUAUUGCCUAAGGACUCCGCUGGAGCCUGACGGGGAUAAUUUUUAUUAUUUGACUUGUUUCUGACGCGUCUUUAUGAAGAUGCUGAUUGUGUGUAUUUAAAGGAGGACGGUACAGGGAUUUGUAACGGACAGAAAACUCUAUGCGGCGCUCCUCCAUAUGUAUCUUGAUGUGAUCAAGGCUUGAAAAGAACGUUUUUAAACCGAGCAGAGGGAGCUCUCUUGCGCCCGACAAAGGUCUCAGAGAUAAUAAUCUUUUGAAAAAAGGUUUUUGCGGACGUUUCUCGAUUGAGGGAAUAGUUUAGAGAAUUAAUGCUGUUUUUUUUCCUUUCAUUUCUUCCUUUUUUUAUAAAAAUAUUCUAGCUCAGAUUUAACUUACGAAUCAAGCAUUAAGAAGAAAAACAAAAAAAGCAAUUUCAGCCGGGUAAUGACCUGUGAAUUAUCGAAUGUUACUACUUCCUCUUUUAUCCCAGGAGUUUACCUACAGGUCUCGCACCAAACAUAACCUCCUCUACAUCUCCUCUCAUUUCAAAUCUGUCGUUUCGCUCUCUUAUCUCUCACUCUGUGAUCUCUCCGUCUACAUUUUUCUUCCUGUCGAUCUACAGAUUCAUGGUGCUACCGACCGUCCAGUAACCCUGAUUCAGCUGGCUGAUGUGGGUGCUGUAAACGAACCCACAGCUCGUUGACAGACUGAUCGUACUUUUUCGUUCUGGAGGGGGAACAAUUUUAUUUUUUCUCUUCUGACCUUCAGGAAAGUCAGAAACACAGCAAGAACCUUAGAACCUCUAAAUCAGCAACGUCAUCUCCAUGUUUCACCCUUUACGUCCCUCCUUCGUUUGUCUAAAGGAACGCUUGAUCUGAUUGGGCCAUGAGGGGCAGCUCCGCAUGGCAACAUGGAGGCGAUUGGUUGAAUUUUAGGCUACAUAGUGUUUGUUUUUAUGUUUGUGUAUUUUCUAACUGAAUCACUUUUAAUUCUCAGUGAGACUGAGGCUAAUACGCUAGUGUCGCUAACUUGAAAAAUGAAUGUUGAAAACCUCGACCGGUUCCUGUUUGAUCACUGUUUCGAUUAUUUUGUACUACUUUAUUUUUUUCCCUCCUCCUCCUCCUCCUCUUCUUCUUCUUCUUCUUCUUCUUCCUAAACCAGAAUCACCUCCACGAGAUUUUCCUAAACAAUCCACUCUCUUCCAUCUCAUCGCCGGACCCUGUGAUAAUAAAAAAAAAACACAUAUCAACAAGGAGAUUGUAAUAAAGACAUGCAUUUUCAAUCAAUCAAUCUAUCAAACAAUCAAUCCAAUAACUACGAGAAAAAAAAGAAUAUGACUUUUUUUGAGGAAGAGAAAAAAAAUCACAUUCCUUUAACAAACAAUGUCGUCUUUGUCGUUGUUCUUCUGUUCUGUGUUUUUUCUUCCCCAGCCUCCGUUGCCAAAAAAAAAAAAAAAAAAGAAAUCUCACAAGUUUAGUGUUUUAAAAGCACUGUGAUUCUCGUUCAUUUGUAAAACUUUUUUUUCUUCUACUUUUUUGGUAAAAAGAGAAAAAAAAGAUGAGAACAAGUAAUAAUUAAAAAACAAAAAAGAAAAAAAAAACUGUCACAACAUCCACGACAUUUUUAAAGUUGGCAGCCCCGUCUUUACCAUCCUGUCAUACCUUAUUACCCAGUGUGAUUAAGCCGUAAAAACGUGUUACCGAUGUGUUUAGUGUCACUGGCUGUCAAAAAGUCUUUCAUGGCGACUUCUCUCUCUGUGUGUGUUGACUAUAUGCAGUAUAUACUGAGCUACUGUAGCUGUU